GUCAUCUGUUAAAAAUGAUGAAGACACAAGUUCGAACCUAAAAAAUGUCAUCGGUUAGAAGUAACAUCUACAAUUUUCUAAAUGAAUUUAAAUCCAUCAAAACGCCUAAAAAAUUAAAAAGAAAGAUAGGGACAGCAAGAUGACUCUGUAUAAAACAAAUACCAGCCUCAGCAGCUAAUACAUACAUACCCACUUGCCAUGCUUCAUGCUCAUUCCCAUCCUCUCUACUCUAGGCUUUAUCCAUUGCUUCACUUUUCUUGGUACCCCAUGUGCUAAAAGCAACUUCUCUUUUCCAAUAAUCUUCCCUUUAUGUAAAUUCCCUGCAAUUUUCAAAUCAGACAUUUUGGUUUUUACUUAGUAGCCUCAUCAAUCCAUAAAAUUGACACUUUGAGUAAAUUUCACUCUUUUUCUGUCUCUCCUUAACAAGAAACAAAUGGUUCUUUGUGGUGUUCAACUGGAAUUAGCUGAUGUGUAUAAUAAGUCCUUUCUAUUUAUAUGAUCAUUCAAGUCACCUUCUUUCAGCAGAUAAAUAGAUAAAGAUCAAAGAUUCUAGAAAAAACUUCAGAAAAUCUGCUGCUGCUGCUGUCUGUCAUGAAGGAGUUUCCAUCUUGUUUUGGAGAAAAUGGUGUUCAGGUUGUGGAUUCAUCUUCUUCAAGUACCACAAGAGGAGCUCAAAAUGUGGUUACUUGUAUCUAUCAGUGUAAAUUACAAGGUCGUUCAUGCUUGAUCACAGUCUCUUGGACCAAAUAUCUGAUGGGUCAAGGGUUAAGUGUGGGAAUAGAUGAGUUGGGAAAUCAUUGCCUCUGCAAGGUUGACAUAAAGCCAUGGUUGUUCCAAAGAAGAAAAGGGUCUAAGAAUUUGGGAGUUGAAUAUGGUAAAAUUGAUAUACUUUGGGAUUUGAGUUCUGCUAAAUUUGGUUCUGGGCCAGAACCAUUGGAGGGAUUUUAUGUAGCAGUUUUGUUCAACAAAGAGAUGGUGUUACUCCUAGGUGAUCUGAAAAAGGAGGCAUGCAAGAAGAUUGAGCAUCACAGGGUUAAUGCUCACUUUGAUCAUGCUAUUUUUCUUGCAAAGAGAGAACACAUUUUUGGUAAGAAAUUUUACAGUGCAAAGGCUCAAUUUUGUGACAAGGGUCAAGUGCAUGAUGUGAGAAUUGAGUGUGACACUCUUAAUGAUCCUUGUCUUGUGAUUCGAAUUGAUAGCAGGACAGUGAUGCAGGUGAAGCAACUCAAUUGGAAGUUCAGGGGGAAUCACACCAUUUUGGUGGAUGGAAUUCCAGUGGAAGUGUUUUGGGAUAUUCAUAAUUGGCUCUUUGGAAAUACUAUAGGAAAUGCAGUUUUCAUGUUCCAAACCUGCAUUUCAACUGAGAAGGGCCAAUCUGCUUCUGAUCCUUCUGUUCUGAAAUGGGCUUAUUCUCAUGAGUUCAGGGAUUCCCAGUUGCAAGGUCUUGGAUUCUCUCUCAUUUUGUAUGCUUGGAAAAAUGAAUAGUCAGUGGAAGAGUUUUAAUCUUAUUCUUGAGUACUAAUGUGUUAUUUCCAGCCACAGUUUUCAACAAUCAUGUGAUCAGAUAUUUAGAUUACAUGAAACUGCUAAAUCCAUCCCUGCCCUUCUAUAUUAUUUCUUGUUCUCUUUUUCCUUGUAUAUACCAGCUCUUUAGUUGGAAAAAUAGUGAAUCAAAUUCACGACUCAGCUUGCAACCUGCCGUUGUUCUGAUCCAGUUUGCAUCGUACAUCCUUCUUCCCCAACAUCAUUUCCCUUCUAUUAGCACUUCUGUAAUCUCUUUUAGCAGUUACUAAAUUUCAGAA